GCAUCCAUUUCAAAACCCGCGACGGCGUCACGACCGCAGCGCCCCAAAGGCGGCAAACCCAAUUCUGCACGCACGCGCACACGAGCGAGGCGAGGCGAGGUGAGGCGGCGGUCUCGGCCACCAGCGAUGUCGUCGGUGGGGAAGGCGAAGGCGAGCGGCGGAAAGCGGGGCGCAGCGGCGAAGGACCCCGCCGAGGCGCUUCUCUCCGACAAGAGGCGGCGCGAGCGCGGCAUGGACGACUCCGACCACGAGCUCGACAGUGACAUGAAGGAAAUCGUCACGCUGCUGCAGCACAUCAAGGACAAGGCCCACAAGGACGGCCAAAAGAAGACCGAGCAAGCCAUCUCGAGUGUGGCAACAGAGAUUCGGACUAUGGUACAGGACACCAAGACUAAGUUUGAGAAGGAGAGGCAGAAUUUUCUGAAAGCUCUGUCAAAGACUUCAAAAGAGUGUGAAGGUUUAUUGAAGAAUGAGUACACCAAAUUUCAAGCAACACACGAUAAAUUCUGCAAAGAGAAAGCUGCACACAUACAGAAUUUCAAAGACCUUUUCUCAAAAUUUGAAGAUGAUAAAGAGAAAUUGCUUGUGCAGUAUGAACUACAAAGGAAGAAGGAGAAGACUACUCUGUCUGAACUUGAGAAAACACUUUCAGAGAAGAUAGCAAAUGCAGAAGAAUCUCUGAAGAAGAUGAAGCAGGAUGACAAAUCCAUCCACAUCCUUCGCAAGUCCAUUGGCUCAUUUCUGGAUUGCGGUCCUGAUGAUCAAUUUGGUCAAGAUGAUGACUGAAGCUGCUUUCACCAAAUGGUUUCUUUGAGAUCUAUGUGGAUAAUACAUUAUUGGAGAAUGGAGAUCAGUAAAUACUAAAUAGUACAGGCAAGGUUCUGUAGGGAUUUGAUAGUUUGACUGCAUAACUCGUUUAGUGUUCAUAGUUUGCAUCAGCUCGAGAAUCGCCUUUUCUGGUAGCAACAUUAAGAGGCUGUAGAUUUUGUUAGCUCGGAAUCGCCUUUUCUGGUAGCAACAUUACAAACGUGAUAUACCUGCCAAACCGACAUGUUUUUACAUUUUGGUCAAUAUUUGCUCGUCAUGCUACUCUUAACCAAGUUCUCAUGUAUCAACAAUA